AUGUCAGGGGCCGUAUUGAGCAGCGGCGAAGACGGGCGCCAUAAGAUACUGGUGGCCAGUAAGGAAGAAUUGAGUUCUCCGUCAAGUGUUUCGCUGCCACCUCCAGAAGCCGCGCCCGGCUUACUUAUGCCCGAUGGAUCCAUUAACUGGGGCUGCCCUUGCCUCGGCGGAAUGGCGACAGGACCUUGUGGUUCUCAAUUUCGAGACGCAUUCUCAUGCUUUCACUACAGUGAAGCAGAGCCAAAAGGCAGUGACUGUUAUGAAAAGUUCAGUAUCAUGCAAGAAUGUAUGGCACAGUACCCUGAACUAUACGGGAAAGACGAUGAAGAAGAUGAGCUUUCAGCUGCCAUCAACGAAUCUGGCGCAGCGUCCGUCAGCGAAGACUUCAAGGGCGAGGCAUCUAAAGAAAGUUAA